UAAAAAUCAUAUAAUAUGGAAGAGGAAGAGGGUGCCGCUACCAUUGAUCCUGAAGUUCUCAUGGAAGAUAUUAUCGAAUACCUCAAAUUACUUAAUUAUGAGGGAGAUUUUUGUUCCGAGAGAGGUCUCAAACCUCUCAGCAGAUGCUACUUUGCAGUUAAGUUCAAUCCGUCUGAUCAAUUUAUGUAUUUUGUCAGCUUAGUAUCAUGGCUGCUAACUUUGUGAGGGCAGACACCAGGAGGUUGGAAUCAAUAUGACGAUCCAAACACUGUUACUAAUAAUAUCGUACUUGAUCUCAAGAAAUUAGAUAUAUUAAUUGAUUUCCCACCAUCCAAACUUAAGACUGGAUCAGGGGAGGCUGUCUGCCAAGCUUUGAAUGGACUCGUACAGGUAGCAUUGAAAGCCCAGAAAUUUAAAUUCAGACAGCCAGUCAUCCCUGAUGAUGACGAGGAACAAGUCAAUGAAGAUGAGGCGAAUGAUAAUGAUGAUGGAAACCAAAUCGUUGACCUUGCCAAUGAUGUCCUGGACGAUGAUGAUGAUAUUGCUGAACUUGUAGAAGGUGGCCCAGGAGAUCUAAAAGGAAACGAUUUUGAGCCAGAAAAUGAAAUUAUCGAAGCAGGCAUAGACCCUGACGAAUGGUACAGGGAGUGUCAAAGAGUUGCCCAUAAGCUCAAGAUCAAAGAGUCUCACGAUGCUCAGGAGUGGAGAAGCCAUCUUGAUCAGACCAAAAAGUACGCAGAACAAGUCCAACAGACCCUGCCGGAUGUGAGAUCUAAACUUGAGAAAAUUGCAGAUGAAGUGAGUAGGGCUCUAGAAAAAAUCUCUAAAAAGGAAGGAAUGUUCAAGACUAGGCAUGACACAAUGACUGGUGACUAUAAGCAAGUAGCUGAAACUAUGAAAGAGAAUACUAAUGAAUUUAACAGACUUAAGAACAGUGUCCAAGAACUAGAGGCUGAACUCUAUGAUGUGGAGGAGAAAUUAGCAGACGUUAAGAAGAAAAUGGACGAAAAUCAAUCGAAAAUUUCAGAUACUUCUCCUCUGCAGAAAAUUAAGAAAGGAAUUACUAAAAUGCAAAAAGAAAUCAGAUCUGUUGACAUCAGAAUCGGAGUUGUUCUGAAUACCUUGACACAGCUGAAGCUGAAAGAGAGGAACAUUGAUGAUUCUGGAAAGAAAGGAGCCGCAGAUGAUGACGAUGAGAUGGAUCUUGAACUGUAGACUCACAGGAAUUAUAGUUCAAUUAGAGGAAUUAUCUAAGGGGUUUUGG